AUUCUACUCUAAGUGGCUUGAGGAGUGUCCUAUUUGUCUUGAUCUUUUUGUUUCUUUAGACUUUGGUUCUCUCUUUGCCAUUGCCACCUACUUCCAACAACAUCUGUGAGAAUGAUUUGAAAAUUGUACAAAUAAAAUAGAAUAAAUUGAGAGGAUGAGUUGUUAAAGAAAUCAAUGUGAUUGCAAGGAUGUUUCUUUUCCUGCUUAAUUUUCAACCUUAUGCCAAGUUGAGGUGGCAAAAAGUCAAGCACCAAACCCACAAAUUCCACUGUACACGUGCAAUCAUGCUUCUACUAACUACUCACCAACCAAAACAAAACAACCACUGCUCUCUACUUAAAACCUCAAAAGCCUUUAGUUCAUCUUAGUCAUACAAUACAAAGUCUAUGAACAUGGCAACCAUUAAUCCACAAAAUGACAACCAAAGUGUUUUCUCAAGCUUGAUCAUUGACUCAGACCCUUUAAACUGGGAUUCAGCUGCUAAUUCACUAAAGGGUAGCCACUUUGAGGAAGUAAAACGCAUGGUAGCAGAGUACAAGAAGCCAGUGAUUUGUCUUGGUGGGGUAGAGACACUAACUAUAUCUCAGGUGGCUGCUGUUGCUAACAGCAACUCACAUGUUAAGGUUGAACUCUCAGAGUCUGCAAGGGCUGGUGUUGAAGCUAGCUGCGAGUGGAUCGCCGAAAACAUUGACAAAGGCACUGCCAUAUAUGGUGUUACUACUGGCUUUGGUGCUGCUUCACAUAGAAGAACAGAACAAGGCUUUGCUCUUCAAAAGGAAAUGGUUAGGUUUUUAAACUGUGCAAUAUUUGGCCGUGAAACUGAGUUGUCUCACACACUACCUCAGUCAGCAACAAGAGCGGCUAUGCUUGUGAGGGUUAAUACCCUUCUUCAAGGGUAUUCAGGCAUUAGAUUUGAAAUCUUAGAAGCUAUCACCAAACUCCUCAACCAUAAUGUCACUCCAAUCUUGCCAUUACGUGGUACAAUUACCGCUUCCGGUGAUCUAAUUCCUCUGUCCUACAUAGCUGCAUUGCUAACUGGUAGGCGGAACUCCCGAGCCGUUGGACCCUCAAAAGAGUCCCUUAAUCCCAAGGAAGCUUUCCAUUUAGCAGGUCUAAAUUCUGGAUUCUUUGAGUUGAAGCCUAAGGAAGGCCUUGCUCUUGUAAAUGGAACAGCUGUUGGAUCCGGUGUGGCUUCUACCGUACUUUUCGAGGCAAACAUAUUGGCUUUGUUGUCAGUAGUUCUAUCAGCAGUUUUUACUGAAGUAAUGCAAGGGAAGCCGGAAUUUACGCAUCAUCUUAUACAUAAGCUGAAGUUCCAUCCAGGUCAAAUUGAAGCUGCUGCUAUCAUGGAACACAUUUUAGAUGGAAGCUCUUAUAUCAAAAACGCGAAACUGCAGCAAACAGAUCCAUUACAGAAGCCAAGAAAAGAUCGUUAUGCUCUUCAAACUUCUCCUCAGUGGCUUGGUCCACAAAUUGAAGUUAUCCGGUUUUCGACCAAGUCGAUUGAAAGGGAGAUAAAUUCAGUCAAUGACAAUCCUCUGAUUGAUGUCAAAGGGAACAAGGCUCUGAAUGGUGGUAAUUUUCAAGGUACUCCUAUUGGAGUCUCCAUGGAUAAUGUUCGUUUAGCUAUUGCUUCAAUUGGAAAACUCGUGUUUGCGCAAUUUACUGAGCUUGUCAAUGACUUGUAUAAUAAUGGGUUGCCAUCAAAUCUUUCUGUUGGUAGAAACCCAAGUCUUGAUUAUGGUUUUAAGGCCUCUGAAGUUGCCAUGGCUGCUUAUUGUUCUGAACUUCAAUAUUUAGCGAAUCCUGUGACAAGCCAUGUGCAAAGUGCUGAGCAACACAACCAAGAUGUGAACUCUUUGGGUUUGAUUUCAGCUUGGAAAACUGUUGAAGCCAUUGAGAUAUUGAAGCUUAUGUCUUCCACAUAUUUGGUUGCACUUUGCCAAGCUAUUGACUUGAGGCACUUGGAAGAAAUUUUUAAGAACACUAUAAAAAAUACUAUAAGCAGAGUUGCAAAGAAAACAUUAAUCAUAGAAGACAAAGAAGAAAUUGAUCCAUUUAGAUUUUGUGAGGAAAAUUUGCUCAAAGUGGUUGAUAGAGAAUAUGUAUUCUCCUACAUAGAUGAUCCCUCCAAUGUUACGUAUCCAUUGAUGCCGAAACUAAAGCAAGUACUCUAUGAGCAUGCACACAUCAGUGCCAUUAAUGACAAGAAUGCGAGCUUGUCAAUAUUUGAGAAGAUUGGAGCUUUUGAGGAUGAAUUGAAGUCUCUAUUGCCAAAGGAAGUUGAAAGUGCAAGGGUGGCAUUUGAGAAGGGAAAUCCAACAAUUCCAAACAGAAUUAAGGAAUGUAGGUCAUACCCACUCUACAAGUUUGUGAGGGAAGAACUAGGAAUAGGAUUGCUGACAGGGGAAAAGGAUGUCUCACCAGAUGAAGAAUUUGAAAAAGUAUUUACAGCAAUGUGUCAAGCAAAGAUUAUUGAUCCAGUUCUGGAAUGUCUUGGUGAUUGGAACGGAGUUCCCAUCCCAAUAUAAUCUGCAAUGUUUAACAAUAAUUGGCUGGCAUAUUUUGUUUUUCUCGUGUGUAUUCCUCUUGGUGUAAACUUUAUACAAAUUAUGAGGACAGAAUCAAUGAAAAACAAGCAUGUCAUCACUUUUAAAUACCAGUCACAAAUUUACACAAUUAUUUACUAUAAUAAUAUAACCAUGUGUAAAUUAUUAGCUAGUUUAAUCUACACAACUUGAGUGGAAAA